ACGUCAUUCCGGUGAUUACGUAACACGCAGAGGGCGGGGCUUGAAGAGAAAGGGAAAAGACCGGAGACAGGUCCGGGGAGGAGGAGAGAGAGACCCGGUGCCUCCACCCCGGCCAGCGCCCGCCGGGACCCCCAGCUCAGGGAUCAGCCGAUCAGACGGGCGUCCACAGGCCCUGACCCCCCACCCGUGACUGAGAGAUCCCUGCCACCCAAUCACCAGGGUCCCGCUGUCCCCCCACCCCUCCCCGGAAUCCCUACUGUACUCCCCACCCUGCCUUCUGCCUCUACGGGUCCCCACCCCUCUCAUCACCAGGGUCCCUCUCACCCUGUCAACAGGGUACCUACCCCUCCCUCUCCCCAUCACUGGGGUCCCUACCCCUCCCUCACCCCAUCACCGGGGUACCUACCCCUCACACACCCUAUCAUCAGGGUCCGUACCCCUCACCCCAUCACCGGGGUCCCUACCCCUCACCCCAUCACCGGGGUCCCUACCCCUCACUCACCCCAUCACCGGGGUACCUACCCCUCACUCACCCCAUCACCGGGGUACCUACCCCUCACUCACCCCAUCACCGGGGUACCUACCCCUCACUCACCCCAUCACCGGGGUACCUACCCCUCACCCCAUCACCGGGGUACCUACCCCUCUCACACCCUAUCAGGGUCCCUACCCCUCACCCCAUCACCGGGGUACCUACCCCUCACUCACCCCAUCACCGGGGUACCUACCCCUCACUCACCCCAUCACCGGGGUACCUACCCCUCACUCACCCCAUCACCGGGGUACCUACCCCUCACUCACCCCAUCCCCGGGGUACCUACCCCUCACUCACCCCAUCCCCGGGGUACCUACCCCUCACUCACCCCAUCACCGGGGUCCCAACCCCUCACUCACCCCAUCACCGGGGUCCCUACCCCUCACCCCAUCACAGGGGUACCUACCCCUCACUCACCUCAUCACCGGGGUCCCUACCCCUCACUCACCCCAUCACCGGGGUACCUACCCCUCACCCCAUCACAGGGGUACCUAUCCCUCACUCACCCCAUCGCCAGGGUCCCUUCCCAUCACUGGGGUCCCUACCUCUCACUCACCCCAUCAUUGGGGUACCUACCCCUCACCCACCCCAUCGCCGGGGUCCCUACAGCUCACACACCCCAUCGCCGGGGUCCCUACAGCUCACACACCCCAUCGUCGGGAUCCCUACAGCUCACACACCCAAAAAAGGAAAAAGAACAGCGCUGGCACUUUUACACUAAAAAUGUUUUAAUUGAUUUCAUAUCACACACCCCAUCGCCGUGGUCCCUACAACUCACACACCCCAUCAUCGGGGUCCCUACAGCUCACUCACCCCAUCGUCGGGGUCCCUACCCCUCACUCACCCCAUCGCCGGGGUACCUACCCCUCACUCACCCCAUCGCCGGGGUACCUACCCCUCACUCACCCCAUCGCCGGGGUACCUACCCCUCACUCACCCCAUCGCCGGGGUACCUACCCCUCACUCACCCCAUCGCCGGGGUACCUACCCCUCACUCACCCCCAUCGCCGGGGUACCUACCCCUCACUCACCCCAUCGCUGGGGUACCUACCCCUCUGAAGCCCCAUCACCAGGAUCCCUUCACCCUCCUCACUGGUUCCUCUCUACCUCACUCACCCCAUCACCAGGGUUUCUCCCAGUCCCUGCUGUCACUGGUCCCUACGCCUCACCCCUCCAUAUCACGAGGUCCCUACGCCUCAUCCCCAGCUCAUCUCGCUCUCACAUUAAGUUCCCCCAUUCAGUUUCGCUCUUAGGAAUGUCUCUCUCCCAUUCCCAGUUUGUCUCACCAUUCGCUUAAUUCUGUUGGCCCUCUAUAGCCUCCUCCUGUCUCUCUUUCCUCAUAUUCACCCACUCUGCCAGUGGUCUCCUGUAUUGGACAUUGUUAGGUUAUCUCCUCUGGGGUCUUCUGUCUUUAUACCCCUGUCUAGUUAACGUUACACCCCAGUAUGUUUAUUUAGUGUCCUUAUUAUCUUAGAGACCACCACUCCAUGUUUUUUCUGGGCUCCCACUUACCCUACAGAUAUCUACACCACCUGUCAUUCUUUGGUGCUCUCUUACCACUCUCAUUCCAUUUUGGGUUACUAGUUACAACGCUGGUGGUGUCUACACCAACCAUCUCAGGGUCACUCCACAGUUCUCAGGUUUAUAAGGCUCCUCAGGCUUGUUCUCAGGUGUAAUCUUACCAAUAAGGCUAUGUUAUGGUGUUCAGGAACACUCCGUUAUGUUCUGUGUCCUAUGUAGUCUUCAUGGCUUUGGGCCCAUGCCACAGAUGUUCUCCUUGACAACAAACAAUUAGUUAUCUCUGUGGUUUUACAUAUAGGAUAAAGCACCUGGACUCUCAUUCCUUCUCUCAUUCCUUACUCCUGUUACAUUGAGGAAGCUAUUGGAUUCUGGUGGUCAUCUGGCCGAUAUGCUUUAUCCUGGGGGGUAAUCUUAUAAAUCAAAAUGGAGGCUCCGUCCCACGCCCCCAGAACCAUGUCUGGGCCCCGUCUCCCACGCAGGCGCUCCAAAGCCCAGAGAGAUCGGCUGAGAGGUCCUUCACCUACCAACUCCUUCUCUUCAAGCCCUGAGCCUUCAGUCUGGCCGCGGCCACAACGCAAGAAAAAGAGACGAAAGAGAGGAGAGGAAAGUGCGGUCAUACGUGAGGAAGACCUGAUCGAUGGCUUCUGUAUUAACAGUUAUGGGAGCCUGGAGGCAAUGCAGAGAGAUCUCUCUGUGGAUGCUGUUCCACUGGAAGAGUCUUACAGAAAGCGUCCUCCGGGAAAGAGGAAGAGAAGUGACGGAGCCAGUUCAGAGGACGCAGGAGCUACCGAGCACCAACCAGAUAACUGGACAGAGAAGAGCAAGAAGCGGCACUGCACCAGGAUUGGGGCUGUAGAGGAGGGAGGACGCGAUUCCGGCGCUGAGCGUGUGGCCAGUCAGCGCUGCCUGGAUGCGGGAUACAUUUGCGACACUGAGAGCAGCGGUGAUGAGCAGAUUCCCAGUGAUGACCUUGCUGUGUCCUUCACCAUUUCUACAAGUACAGCUUCUCCUCCGCUGUUGGGGGGCCGGCUGAAGUUGAUGGUGCUUUCCCAAAUUUCGGGUUUGGGUAGAAGUUGUGAGCGGAGCCAAGAACCAGAAAUUGAGUUUCUGCAGCCCCGACUGUGCCAAUCACCUGUUCUCAGACUACGCGAGCCACCCAGUGCCGCCCCCAAAGCAGAGGCCACACCUGCCCAGGUGCCCCCACCGCCCAGUGUGAAUCCAGGAGCUAGCAGCAGGAGCAGUGUCCCCAAACCGGUGACCGCGCCACAAGUGUCUCAGCGAUCUACAACCCCAUGCCUGCCGCUGCCUGUACACACCGCACCUCAGACCCUCCCCUCCGUCCUGCGUGCACCAUCCCAUCAUCAUAUCAACCUGUUUCCAACUUCACAAGGCCUUCCUCCCCCUCCCCCACUUAUGCAAGUUCCUGGCCAUCACCCCGCGGGCGUCUUAUCUGAACCUCAGAACAUCGGGCUCGGGAUGGGGUCUCGGUUCCUACAGGCUCCGGGAGGAGCUACUGAGAUUGGUGCUGCGGUCAGACCUAUGUACCAGUUCCACCAGCACAGCCACCAGCAUAUGCACCAGCACACCCACCAGCACUUCACGCCCUACCCGCCCAAUUUUGAGAAAUAUCCGGGUAAAAUAGAAAAUCUGUACAGACAGAAUCCAAGUAGUUUUUACCCUCCUUUUUCUCCGCUUAUUACUGCACUACCCCCUGUGUUACCUCCUAGCGUCUCCUUUGGAUCUCUGCAGGGAGCGUUUCAGCCUAAGAGCACAAGUUCUGAGCUGGCCUCACGAUGCUCUGUGCCUCCACCCAUCACCCACAAGACGCCUCAGAUGAGCGAUCAAUUCAAGCCAAGGAGGUCCGGGCGCUGGUGCGCCAUGCAUGUUCGCGUGGCCUAUAUGAUCCUGCGGCAUCAGGAGAGAAUGAAGCUUGCACACGGGACUCCUCACAAGACUGAAUACCGUAAUGAUCUCGUUUGUCUGAGUUCGGGACUUGGUGCUCUUCCCUCCUCACAUGAGCUGGUGCGGACUUCCUCUCUCAUGACUGGUGCUGCGUCCCACCCUCCCGGACAGUUUCAGAUCGUUAGUUCAGCUGGCACCUUUCUUACACCCUCUGGUCCUGUCGAUCAUUACAUCCGUAGUCCCGGGUUCUCGACGCUGGCAUCGCUGACAAAUGGCGCCUUUGGCGGGCUGGGGAACCCCUCUUACAAUCCUUCCACAAUGUUCAGUCAUAAGGAAGCCUCUGUGGGUCACAGUUUUCCCAGUCCACAUGACCCUUGGAAUCGGCUGCAUCGCACCCCGCCAUCCUUCCCGACCAUCCCCGGCCAGGAUCCGCACAGCAUGCACAUGAAGGAGGAGAAGGAUCGGGAUCUCCUGUAUUCCCGCUUGGCCCCGCGCGUGUCUCCUCUUACCACAAUGCAACGUCUCCCGGGGAGUGAGAGCCGCGGCCCCUCUCGUACUCUCUCCCCUUAUGUACGGCCAGGAAGCAGCUCCGAGACCAAGCCUCGUCUGACGCCGGAUCAUCCCUCCAAAGUCAAAGUGAAGGAGGAGCCUGAGCUACUGACCUUUGAAGUGAGACGCUCCCCCCUGCCAGGGCUUCACUUACCCCAUCCAUCACCCCCCUUUGAGCGGUUACGGGGGGCUUUUCUGGGAGAGCAAUAUCCCAAUGCACUGGAAGCCUGGCGAGAUGUGUACCGCAGAGCGGAUCCACCUCCCCAACGUCUGUAUGAGCAGCGAGAAGAACGUGCCCACAUCCUGCGGGAGGACUUUGAACGGGCUCGUAUUUACGGGCUGCCUGCCCAUGUCACCAUGCAGUCUGCCACACCGUCUAUGUUGGGUGCUCUCUAUUCUCACCCUGGCACUGGCCUGCUUAGCAAGACCCCUCCCAUCAAUCUGCUGAGUGCCCCUCCCCCACUCAUCUCCGCUGCGCGACCGGGGUCCCCACCCCGCAGGGACAUUUUCAAGGAUAGAGACUGCAGAUAGAGUGGCCGCCGUCUCCUCCUGUACAUAUUUAUAUAUUCAACCCUAAUACCUUGGGCUUUUGUACAUUUUUAUUGUAUAACGUGAUUUUAAGCACUGUGUUCCCCGUUUAGCGUUCCUUUCCCAGGUUUCUCUGUAUUAGAGAGGUGCAGGGUGAAGGGGAAAGGACUGGGCGACUCUGUAUCCCACCUCAAUAAAUAUUUUCCCCACAAUUC